GGCGCGCCGCUACAACUGCCCCGCGCCGGGCUGCGCCGACCGCGCGCCGCUGCCGAGGGACAGCCUGCACCAGCACUUCCAGAGCAAGCACCCCGCCAUGAUCAAGACGGGCAGCAAGCACAAGUUCUCGCUGAAGGUGAACUCGGAGCAGCACGAGUCGUGGCUGGUGGCGGCGCUGCACGAGUACUUCUCGCUGCGCGUGGACGCCGACCUGCGCGCGUGGGGCGUGCACGUGCACGUGGCCUACAUCGGGCCCAAGUGCCACGCCAAGCACUACACCUACGAGGUGUCCAUAGUCGGGCAGAACAACUCCCGCAAGCUCUCAUACACGCGCGCCACCCACAGCGAUCUCGAGAACUACUCGCUCAACGUCAGUUCCCAAGACUGCUUCCACCUCACCAUCGACCAGGCAUUAGCUUUCCUUCGCAUCAAGAACCGCCACAGCGAGCCAGACAAGUUCCUCGUCUUCCACGUCGAGAUCAACGAGAUUGACACGGAGAACAGAGACUCGGACUCCUGAUUCGGAUCCAUAAAUCAAAUGCUCCGGCGGCGCAUCGCCAAGGCCACUAAAAUGGCUCGGCGCACCAAAUUCAAGAAACAAUGGCCCGAGAUGAUCAAGGAAGUGAUGCAGUGAACUGUGAUGUGUGUCCGCUCUCGAAUACGAGGUAUCGUUAUUGGUUGCUAUCUUCUUCGUAGGACGUUAAGCGGUAUUGUUUUUCACCUUUCUUCUUUAAAGUUUGUGUGAUGAUAUACCGUAGCCAUGACCGUUUCAUGUGUAACCCCAGCAAAAUGCCGAUUUAUUUGUAUUCAGAUGAACUCGUAGCAUUUUUUUUAUUUUUUAUUAUAGGUAUUUUCUGGAUUAUAGUCACUUCAGUCAAAUCUAUUUUCUUGAAUACUUGUGAAAACACCUCUCGGUACAUUUACUUGAGUGCUCUAGUCAUUCAUUUAAAUUUUUGGUAAGAGGUAACGUUUUGCGGGGGUAACGCACACAAGAAAUUGCGAUACUUGUCUAGAAAUGGGGCGUUGGCGUGACACACUCACAGGUGAUGAAAUUCUGCAGUGAUUGUUGUGACGUAUACGUUAUUGAGCCGCUUGGCAAAGAAAUGGACUUUACAUAACUUUUAGUAUAAGUUCAAUACUGUCAUAUAUUUUAGACAAGUUAACUGUAUAAUUUAGUCAGACAGAAAACUUGUGCAUCGUCCGCCUUGGGAUAGGCCAAAAUAAAUAUGCCAGUAUAAUGGAAUAGUAACUUGCAACUUGCAUGUCAGUUGAUGGCAUGUGUUUCUCGCUAGAGAUAUGUGCCAGCGCAACCGACGGUUUUAAAGUGUAUUUGAAUAACAUAUUUUAUCAGAAAUGUAAGCAGCAAACCCUUCAUCUUUACGGUUGUACGUUCAUUGCUCACGUAUGUCGUUUGUAACACCUUGAUUACGCAUAUUGCAUGUCAGAAAAUCAAAUCUUUGCAUUCUUCUCGCAUGCCAGAGACUGACUAGCCGUUUAUCUUAUUAAAACACAUUAAAGUAACUACGUUCACAGUACUGGCACGUAUAUUACGGCCUUUAGUUAAUUGUAUUUUAUGAAAUAAUAGAAAAGGCAGUUCACAACUGUCCUGCCUGUCUUAAAUAAGUUUUUAUUAUCAUGCACCCGGGCUAUAAAUUAUCAUCAUCGAUUUAUUGGUAAAUAGAGAAAUCCAUAUAAUGUUAUUUUACACGCAUGUUAAUUUAUAUCGUUUCGUUUAAAAAUUCGGAGUUUGUUAAAUUUUUAUUAAUACAUAAUGUUAAGUUUAUAACAUCUUAAUGGAAUAGUGAAUCUAAGGGCCACUUACAUUUUAUCGAUAUUAAAUAAAAUGUAGGCUAUUUCAAAAACUUUUCUAUCGACUACGAGAUACAAUGUUUUAAGAUUUUGGCCGUAAGACCUUAUUUUGUGUGCAUAAGAAAACCAUACUAACAUUAAGACACUUGAAUCAGGUACUUGUUUUAAUACAAAACCAGUAUGUACUAACCCUUUUUAAUGAGUAACUGUAAAUAUAACCAAAGAGGAUAAUUUAUAGAAGAUCCUAACAUAACUAUCAUAUAAGCUAUUAUGUAACAGCUGUUAGUUUGCAAUAGCCGUUUUAUGAUUAGUGAACAAUAGAUGAUUAAUUUCUAUAGUUAUUCAACUAAGUGUCUAGAGCUGUUAUAAGGCUUUAGUUUAGUUAUUAGAUUAUAUUAUACAAUAUUCAUAUACCUAUUAUGUAGUUGGCGUUUAGAAGAACUAGAUUUUAAUAUUUUAUUAUAUGAUCUUAAUUAAUCAACUUUUAAAUUAUGGCGAAGUCCAAGUUAAGAAAAGUGUCAUACGAUUAUGCUAUAUUGAUCAGUGCGAAUGCAAAUAUUCUUUUAUAACGUGAAUAUUCGUCUUAUAUGACGAAUGCAUGCGUUAAUAGGGGACUCGACAUCACGGAUAAUGAGCCAGUGUCUCAUACAUUACCGAUUUUUAAAUGAAUUAUCUGAGAAUAGUCCCCUAUUUGACAUGUUUUGAAAAAGCAGCAAAAUAUAUGUAAAUGGUAAAAAACUACUUAUGAUUUGUGCGCAUCAUAACGUCUCGUUCUCGUAUGUAAUAAAAUAAGUCAGUAUUUGUUUGCAUCGACUGGGGUGUAUCCUACUAUUUCCUUGUCUUAAGUCAGUGUUAUAAGCGCCACAAGGGAACUUAAACCCCCUAUCCCACCUUUAUCGCACCAUAUUGUGAAUACGUUCUCA